CUGCCCCACCUGUCAGCCACGCGGUUCCCCAUCUCCGAAUUCCCAACCCCUCAGCUCCACUGUACAGGAUCUCGUGGACUCGUACCUUCUCCGAUGGCUCGGAUCCUCCACCGCCGUCACCUCCUACUCCUCGCCGCGGCUGUCGCCGUCGUCGCCUCUGUUCUACGCCCGGCCGCCGCGGUGCGGCCCUUCGUCCUGGUCCUCUCCGGGGACGACUUCAUCAAGGACUCGGCCGCGCACCCCUCCCUGCCCUCCGCCGACUCCGCAGGCACCGACGCCGACGAGUGGGACGACUUCGCCGACGACUCCCCCACCGCGGACCCGCUCCUCUCCCCGUCCUCCUGGGUCCCCCUCCUCGAUCCCGCCAGCCCCUCCGCCUCGGACGACGAGCCGGACUCGACGGCCGACGCGCUCUUCGUCGCGGGCGCCCGCGCGAUGCUCUCCGCGGCCUCCGCAGGGGACGACGCGGCGUUCGCCACGGCCGCCGCGCAGAUCGAGGCCGCGUCCGCGGGGGGGCACCCGGGCGCGCAGUCCGCGCUCGCGUUCCUCUCCGGCGCCGGGAUGACGCGCCCCGCGUCCCGAUCGCGCGCGUUCCUGCUGCACAAGUUCGCGGCCGACGCGGGGGAUCUCCAGUCUAGGAUGGCCCUCGCAUACUCCUACUUCCGCCAGGAGAUGUACGAAGAAGCAGUCGCACUAUAUGCUGAACUUGCAGAGGCUGCUCUAUCAAGUUCCUUGAUAUCAAAGGAACCACCAGUGAUCGAAUCGAUCCGGCUCCACAGUGGGACUGAAGAAAACAAGGAGGCCUUGAGGAAGUCUCGAGGUGAGGAUGAUGAAGAUUUUCAAAUAACAGAGUACCAGGCACAACGAGGCAAUGCUGCUGCCAUGUACAAAUUAGGGCUUCUGUAUUACUAUGGACUACGAGGACUCCGGCGUGAUUAUGGAAAAGCAUUUCAUUGGUUCUCAAAGGCUGUUGAGAAAGGCGAUACACGGUCGAUGGAGCUUCUAGGUGAGAUCUAUGCUAGAGGUGCCGGCGUGGAAAGGAACUAUACUGAAGCAUACAAGUGGUUGACACUUGCAGCAAAGCAGCAACAUUACUCAGCUUAUAAUGGAUUGGGUUAUCUGUAUGUCAAAGGCUAUGGAGUGGAGAAGAAAAACUUGACGAAAGCGAGGGAAUUUUUCGAAAUUGCAGCUGACAAUAAGGAAGCUGGGGGACAUUAUAACCUUGGCGUAUUGUAUCUCAAGGGUAUUGGUGUGAAGAGGGAUGUUAUAAGAGCAUGCAAUCUCUUUCUUCAUGCAGUUAAUGCUGGGCAACCAAAAGCUAUUUAUCAGGUGGCAAAGCUGUUCCAGAAAGGAAUUGGUCUUAAGAGGAAUCUCCAUAUGGCAUCGGUGCUGUACAAGUCUGUUGCUGAGAGGGGACCCUGGAGCUCACUGUCUAGAUGGGCUCUGGAAUCUUAUUUGAAAGGUGACGUCGGGAAAGCUUUACUCUUAUAUUCCAGAAUGGCAGAUCUUGGAUAUGAGGUUGCACAGAGCAAUGCUGCGUGGAUUCUGGAUAGGUACGGUGAUGAAAGUAUUUGCAUGGGAGAAAAUGGUUUCUGCACAGAUAUGGAAAGACAUCUCCGUGCACAUGCUUUGUGGUGGCAAGCAUCUGAGCAGGGUAAUGAACACGCUGCUUUGUUGAUUGGUGAUGCCUACUACUACGGUCGGGGCGUAGCAAGGGACUACGAACGUGCAGCAGAGGCAUAUAUGCAUGCUCAAUCACAGUCUAAUGCUCAGGCCAUGUUUAACCUUGGGUACAUGCAUGAGCAUGGUCAUGGACUUCCCCUUGAUUUGCACUUGGCAAAAAGAUAUUAUGAUCAAGCUGUUGCGGUGGAUUCAACAGCUAAGCUCCCUGUCAUGCUUGCACUAACAAGUUUAUGGCUAAGGAAGAACUACGCCGACAGUUUUUUGGUUCAUUUUAUCGAUUCACUGCCGGAGAUAUAUCCUGUUGUUGAGGAAUGGGUGGAGGAUGUUCUCAUGGAUGAAGGGAAUGCAACUAUAUUGACUCUCUUCGCUUGCCUUGUGACUGUCUUGUACCUGCGAGAGCGUCAAAGGCGUCAAGCGGCGGCGGCCAACCCCCAACCACCUGAUGGCGCUGUUGCACCCAUGUAAUGCCGGUUUACAUCAUGGGGGGGGGGGGGGGGGGGGCGCUGUUGACGUGAUUGCUUGAGGUACAUAUAACUGUUCGUUCCCAGUCAUAGCAUCAAAAUUUUGUUGAAUAUGUGAAACAUGCCCUCAACAUCUAAUGGCAUUCUCUGAGGAAAUUCGAAUGUAAAAUUAUGGCUCCUGGACAUGACAUGUGUACACUAAAUUGAUUAGGUUAAGGACUAAUUCAAACCUCAAAACUGCUGGAAACUCAUAUGGUGUUGUGCACUUGUGCUUCCA